CAGUGAGCAGACAUACUGACGAUGUGAAUCAUAUGUAAGUUGGCGUUGGUUCGAGGAAUGGUCAUCUUAACGACACGCGGGUAGGAAAAUUUACUUUUCAGACCAACACUAAGCAACACCUUCACAAUGCCUAUGCUACGCAAAUCAUCAGAAAAGUACGAGUCCUUUUCACCGCCUACCCUCGAAGACCGGACAUGGCCGUCCAAGAAGAUCACAAAGGCUCCGCGAUGGUUAGCAACAGAUCUUCGCGACGGCAACCAAAGUCUUGCACACCCCAUGACAGUUGAGCAGAAGUGGACAUACUUCAAUCUUCUUGUCAAGAUGGGCUUCAAAGAAAUUGACGUAGCUUUCCCUGGAGCUUCAGAUACUGAAUUCAAUUUCACCCGUCGGUUAGUCGAGACGCCGAACGCUGUCCCGGAUGAUGUGUGGCUGCAAGUGCUAUCGCCCUGUCGAAGAGAGUUCAUCAAGCGGACAGUUGAGAGUGUGACGGGAGCAAAACAGGCAACCAUCAGUUUAUACAUCGCGUCGAGCGAUUCCUUCCUUGACACCAUAUUCGGCCUCACGCAAGAGGACAUACUCAAUAUGGCAGUCGACUGUGUGACCUACACCCGGGAGAUCACAAAAGAUGACCCAACAAGGCAAGAUACAACCUGGAACCUGAUGUUCAGCCCCGAAGCCUUCUCCGACACCGACCCAUCCUACGCGAUUAAGCUCUGCGAUGCGGUACGACAGGCAUGGAAACCCACUCCAGAAGUACCGCUUAUCCUGAACCUCCCUGCAACCGUCGAGAUGAGCACCCCAAACACCUUCGCCGACCAAGUCGAGAUUUUCUGCCGCGCCUUCCCUCAAGACUCCGUCAUCGUCUCCCUCCACCCACACAACGACCGUGGGUGCGCCGUCGCCGCCGCUGAGCUCGGCCAACUCGCCGGUGCCCGUCGUGUGGAAGGCUGCCUCUUUGGCAACGGGGAGCGCACCGGGAACGUCGACCUCGUCACCCUCGCGCUGAACCUCUACACCCAAGGUGUGGACCCUAACCUAGACUUCUCCGAUCUACCUGGCAUCCGAAAGACCGUCGAGGAACUCACCCGCAUCCCGGUGCACACGCGCGCCCCCUACGCAGGGGACUCCGUUUUCCUCGCCUACAGCGGCUCCCACCAGGACGCCAUCAACAAGGGCUUCAAGCAGUGGGAGCGCCCAACCUCGACACCAGGCAAGAAGAACAUCUGGAAAGUCCCGUAUCUACCGCUGGACCCGCAGGACAUCGGCGCGACGUACGAGAGCGUGAUACGCGUGAACUCGCAGAGCGGCAAGGGCGGCGUGGCAUGGACGCUGGAGCGCAGCGCAAACCUGAAGCUGCCACGGACGCUGCAGCAGGAGUUCUCCAGCGUGGUCAAAGCCGUCAGCGACCGCGUGCAGCGCGUGCUCUCGCCGGAGGAGCUGCAGGAGUUGUUUCUAAAGAACUACAGGGUGCUGGAGCGCGAGGGGAAGGUACUAGAGUGCAGCGCGGUGGAGAGUAGCACCGGGCGGUUCGAGGUCCGGGCGACGAUUCUCAUCAACGGGCUCGCACGUGAAGUCAGGGGAAAGGGGCCGUCGGUGUCGGCGGCGCUGUCUGCGGCGUUGGCUGUGGGGACGGGGCUACAGAUCUCGUUCGAUGUGUAUCAGCGCAAGUGGAUGGAAGGCGGGAAGGAGCAGGAUAUGGUGCUUGCGAUGUGCGACUUGAAACGGGGGAAGUACACGUCGUGGGGUGUCAAGGUUGGGUCGGCGCUGGAGGUGGAGCUGUUGGCGUGUCUUUCUGCUGUGUUAGGUCUCGAAAAUCUGCUGCAGAGUCUGCGGUUACUGCCGCUCUUCCACGGCGCGCACAGUGAAAGCACGGAUACGGGUGCUUUCUUCCGCAAAGCUGUAUCUGUGGGGCCAUGUUAUAAGUUCGGCUGAUGGCUUUUUGGUAUUUCAAUGCCUUCCUGCUCAUGUGUUUGCGAACAGCGCAUUUACUAUUCACGCAUCUAUCCAUAAAUUUUCGACCCGAUCACCGAGGCAAUGUACGCUGUAAUACGUAUUUCGUUGCAGGGAAAAAUUAGCUAAAUAAAAUGAUGCUUGUAGAUCGAGCGUAAUAGUCU